AAUGCUUUUUCAAAUAUGAUAUAUAUUGUACUCCUAAAAGUGUUGAUACUAUUUUGUUCUUUAUUCUUUCCACCGUUUUAACUCGUUCAAUUGCAUCUUUCUUUUCUGCUGAUCAAAAUAUCAAAGUCGUGGACAUUGUGAAUCCUGGGUUUUAUUUAAAAGGAGUUCAGCAUAAACAUAAAUUCGUUUUUCUAGAAGUCACAGAUAAUGAUCAAAUAGAUCAAACAAAUGCAAAAGAAAGUGAAAUAAAGGAUCUGAAAAAUGAUCUGAAAAAUGAAAAGGAUGUAGAAAAGUUGGUUACCGAAAUUCAUGGGAAAUCAAUAUGCUUGAAUAGUAAAGAUGAAUUUA